CCAGGUUUGUGGUGAUACGAGUACUAGACAGUGAUCAAUUCGUUCAUUUGAGUACUGUGAUAUGGCUCGCAUUGGGAACAGAUCAAACGUUGCCAGGAUCUCUGCUUAGGAUAUACAACGCGACUACUCCGUAUCAUCAGCACGAGUUUUGCGCAAGUGCUCGCCAAUUGCGAGUGCCCCGGACAUGCUUCCUGCUUCUUGGGAGAGCCGGGCGGCGGCGAAAAGAGCCAGCGUUCUGAGCGCGAUACCGUCGCAAUGGCGUAUUCCCAAAGAACAAAUUUCUACUCCUACAGAAUGUCCCAAUGUUAUGGAGAUCCCCCGUCACUAUCUCUCGCCGGAAGAGCUUACGAUAACUGAGACGCCGCCAAUGGACACGCUUGUUCAUAUCCAUGCUGGGAUUUGGACUGCUGAAGAAGUGAUGCGAGCCUAUUGUCAUCGAGCGGCCAUUGCACAUCAGCUUGUCAACUGCCUAACGGAUGCUUUCUUCGAUACCGCCAUCAGUGCUGCAAUGCAACUGGACCAGUACUAUCGCGAGACAGGAGCUCUAAAGGGACCUCUCCACGGGCUUCCCGUAAGUUUCAUGGAUCGUUUCCGCAUCACUGGAAGGGAAACAGCUGCAGGCUAUGUCUCAUGGCUUGGACCAACUGAGACCACCGGAACCGAGUCCCUGAUUGUCCGUCAUUUGCGUUCUUUAGGCGCAAUCCCAUUCUGUAAAACCAAUACUCCUCAGAGUAUGAUGCUGGCGGAAACAACAAAUAACAUCCACGGUAGCACGCAUAAUCCGUACAAUCGGACAUUAUCAAGUGGCGGGGCUGCAGGCGUAGGGGAGGGUGCUCUCCUUGCCCUCAAGGGGUCGCCCAUCGGAUGGGGAACCGAAUUCGCAGGUUCUACCCGUAUCCCGGCGGUUCUUAAUGGCCUUUACAGUCUCAAAGUUUCUUCUGGCCGAUUGCCAAUGUAUGGCGUGGCUGCUGCUCGGACCAGCUUGCCCGCGCGAAACUCUACAAUUGCCAUUAUCUCGUGGGAUUUUGCCUUGCUUCAACUAGUCGCCAAGUUCACCCUCGGUCUCGCUAAUCUCCAAAAGGACCCUUGCUAUCUUGAUAUGCCGUGGAGACAAUCCAAGGUCUACGAAUUGAGCACACGACGCCCGGUCUUUGCUGUCCUCGAGUUUGACGAAAAGAUACAACCCCAACCACCAAUCCGCCGUGUGUUGAGGAACACAAUUCAUGUUCUAAGAAGCGCCGGGUACCAGGUUAUCGACUGGAAACCUCCGGUGCAUGCGCCAGCGGUGGAGAGCUACUUCAAAAUCAUUGGGGCUGAUGGUGCGCAAGCCACACGAGAGCACAUCAAGGCAAGCGGAGAACCUCCUGUGCCGCGAUUAAAGGAUUGGUAUGAGAGUCGACCUACACAACCGAUGCAAUUGCCGGAGUAUUUGGCACUUCUGGAGGGACAGGAAAAGUACCAAGCAGAAUAUCAGGCGUACUGGGAGUCGACCUCGAAACAUACUAUCAGCAAACUUCCUGUCGACGGGGUAAUUUUACCCGUCUGCGCUGACGCAGCAUGCUUUGAGAACACCUUGACGUAUUUUGGAUACAGUGCAAUCGUGAACGUUCUUGAUUUCACCGCCGUAACAUUUCCUGUUGGCUAUAUCGAUAUGGAAUUGGAUCCAGGCCAGGAUUCAUUCGCUUCACUUGGCAAAGAAGAUGAAGGCGUGCAUCAGUCUUACGAUGCCAAGGCGUUUCAUGGUUGCCCUGUAGGUCUUCAAUUGAUGUGCCGAAGAACCGAGGAGGAAAAGGCCCUAAAACUCGUCGAAAUGAUACUUCAAGCUCAAACUCAGGCGUCCAUGUUUUUUGGAUGAAUAAAAU